AUGUGCCGAGGCUCAGGCCUCAGGAAACCCCAGAGCAGGAGCCUGUGCCAACGCCUCAGGCACUGGGUCAGCCCUCACCUCCGACGCUGGUGGCCUUUUGCCCGCAGGAACCCAAAGAGUGAAAAUGAGUCAGCCCAGGCCCUGGAUGAUACCUGCAGGGUGGGGACCGUCACGGCCGGCACCCUGGAGAAGCUGGUGAAUCAGCUGGUGCCUUCCCUGCAGAGCGGGGACCCCUUCUUCGUCCCCGCCUUCCUCGGCACCUACAAGAGGUUCGCCACCACCCGGCAGGUGCUGGACCUGCUGUUCAAGAGGUACGGAUUCUUCUGCCCUGACCGUGAGGAGGACGACCAGCUGAAGAACGCCAUCUGCUCCUUCCUGGGCUGCUGGCUGGACCUCUUCCCGGAGGAUCUCUGCCAGCCCUCGGACCUCAGCAGCCUAAACCAGGUGAUGGCCUACGUGCUGCUGAACGUGCCCCACUCGGCCCUGGUGCGCCGCGUCCACCUCCUCCUGACCCGGCUGGAGGACCCGGAGCCCAGCCACGCAGAGCCACACUGA